AUGAACACUCACCAAAACUGCAGAAGUUCAUCGUCAGAUUGGACGUCGGGAGAGGCCAUGCAGUAUAAUCUACGUUGUAAUCGAAACAUUAGCGAGAAGAUGACGAAAAAAGACUUUGUGUACGACAUUCGGCCGCCAGUUCAAUGUUCUAGAAAGUUAGACGAAGGAAAAUAUCCAAUCGUAUUACCUCUACAGCUCCGGAGGAAGCAAAAUUCAGAUUCGAAGUUGCCUCAGUACACUGUCAUAUCGGAAAAGAAGAAAUUCGACGAAAACGACGACUCGAUGAACCUUUCGAAGCAACGGGUGUCAAGAUUCGAAUGCAAUUUCUGCCACGAGCAACUUGCCACGCUUCUUUCUCUAUCCACGCACAUCAAAUUUCAUCGACGACAAUAUUGCAAAUAUUGUUACUGGAUAUUACUAGACAAAGAAACUAUGGAAGAACAUAUGGAAAGCACUCACAGAAUCGAUCCAGGUAUUAUCUCGAACAUCUAA